UGCUGCUCAAUAACUCACUUUAUACAAUAGCAAUAGUCCCAAAGCCGUCAAUUUACGAAAAAUCUUCGACACUUUGCUAUUUACAGCGUCCACUCAACAUUCAACACAGCUAUUCCUCAUGCAAUAUACUGUCAGAAGCUGAGAAGAGAUUUCAAAGUCGGUUGGCAUUGAAACAACCGCCAAUUUCCGAAGAAGUUGAAGUCACAUGCAACAUAAACACUCUGACAAUCAAAAUCGUAUUGGGAUGUGACGAAAGCCGUGGUCAGCUAUGGCCAACAUUAACUGCAUCAACUGAUGAAUCAUAUAAUGUGCAGAUAGAAGACUCCCAAAUAACCAUAGACUCCUAUGAGGCUUGGGGUGCUUUACACGCCCUUGAGACCAUACUUCAAUUGGUGUACCAGGGAAAAGAUGGAGGGAAUGUUAUAUUUAAAGGAUCGUUGAUGGACGAACCGGAUUUCAAACACCGUGGAAUGCUGAUUGAUACUGCGAGGUACUUCUUACCACUUGAUAUCCUGAAGAAACUAAUAGAUAGCAUGGCCAUGGUCAAGAUGAAUGUGUUUCACUGGCAUAUUACGGAUGAUCAGUCAUUUCCCUUUGUCUCGACUACUUGUCCGGAACUGUCACAGCAGGGUGCAUAUCAUCCUCUGAGGUGCACAUAUAGUGAAGAAGAUGUGAAAACACUGUUGGACUACGCCCGUCAACGUGGAAUUCGUGUGAUUCCAGAGUUUGAUACUCCAG